AUGAUAUCAAAAUUUUAUCAUAAAGAAGAAAGUUAACCUAAUAAUCAAGAAGAUAUUGUUAUUAGCAAUAUGGUGCAUACUUCCUUCUCUUAUUUCAAUCCUGUUACGUAAAAAUAGAAACAAUAUUAGAUUUCUAUUUCCAGAGUUAUUAUAAAAUGGUAAAAUUGAUUUAACUAAAACUGUAGACUAUGUUGCAAUUGUAUUACACAUACUUUUUAAAAUCAUAAUAAUUACUCUUUUUUAUUUUGAGUUGAAAGACGUAAAUAUUCAAAAAUUAAUGUUAAUUAUAAUAACUCUAACAUCUCUAAAUUUUUGGAUUGUGAAAAAUUAUACAGGAAAGAAAUUAAUUGGCAUUAUUUGGUGGAAUUUAAAAGAAGAAUUAGAUAUAUGGUAUUUUGAAAAAUUAAAUAAACUUUACCCUUUAAAUAAAUAUUGUAAAUAUUAUUUUUGGUAUUGUUUAUAUUUGUAUGAGAUAUUUCUUAUUAUUAUCUUAAUAUUGUUAGUCAUAUAAUAAAAAUGGAAGUAAGCAAUUAUCAUAUUAAUGCCUACUAUAGAAAAUGGUUGUUAAGCAUUGAUAUAUAGUCAUGCUAACAAAGAGAAUGAAAUAUAUAGAUAUUUAUAAGAUUUAACUGAAUAUAGACUAAGAAGAAGUAUAAAAUGCUAAUUUACUUUAAGUUUAAAACAAUUUCCAUUAAGAUUAUAAUUUUGA